AUGGCUGGUCUGAAAAAGCAGGCAGAGUACAACUGGAAGGAUUCCAACUUGGCUCUCUUUGGUUCUGAUGUUGAAAAACAAGUGAAAUUAGAGUCUGCUCAGAGCGAACCUGCUUGGGAAAACUCAGGUAAAGUUGUGGGACUAGAAAUCUGGAGGAUAGUUAAGUUUCAGGUGGAACGAUGGCCCAAAGCAGACUACGGUCGGUUCUUUGAAGGUGACUCUUACAUCAUCCUCAACACUUACAAGAUCCCAGAUGAGGAUGCUCUAGAGUAUGAUCUUCACUUCUGGAUAGGAAAAUAUUCCACUCAAGACGAGUACGGAACCGCUGCCUACAAAACUGUAGAACUGGACACCUUCCACAGUGACAAACCUAUUCAACAUAGAGAGGUACAAUAUCACGAGUCCAAGCUGUUCAAAGGUUACUUCAAGGAAGGGAUCACAUACCUUAAGGGAGGAGCAGAUUCCGGGUUCAGACACGUUAAACCUACAGAGUAUACUCCUCGACUCUUCAUCUUCCACGGGGACACAGUAGAAAACACCGUUAUUAACGAGCUAGAAUUAAUCAGACAGAAUCUAAACGAGGAUGAUGUUUUCGUACUGGAUGCUGGACUAACUAUUUAUCAGAUCAAUGGUCCCAAAUGUGAUAAGGACGAAAAGGUCAAAGCCAUGUACUACGUGUCAGAACUAAGGGCAGAAAGGAAUGGCAAACCAAAAGUUGAAGUGAUUGAUGAUGAUCCGCUGAGGGAUAGGGAUGUUUUGGAGAUAUUGAAAGAUGGCGACGCUGAUUCACUUGAAAGCCAGAAACCUAUCGACGAUAACACAAGAAAACUUAUAAGAAUCAGUGAUGCCGAUGGAGAGUUGAAGAUGGAAACAGUUGCUGAGGGAGAGAUCGAGCAGAGGAUGUUGGAUCCUAAUGAUGUGUUCUUGGUUGAUCUAGGGACUCAUUUAUACGUAUGGGUCGGAGACGAUGCUUCUAAAGGAGAAUCACAAAACGGCUUGAGUUACGCGAGUAACUACCUCAAUGGAGUGGAUAGGUUCAGUUGUCCCAUAACAGUUGUCUCCCAAGGGAGGGCUGCUCAACUCUACCAACAACUCUCCUAGGAUACAAGGACAGAUUUACAUUUUAUUGGCGGUUUUCUUUGAUUUCUGUAAUUAGCGUUGUUGUCAGUAAAUUGAAAGUAAGAUAGUAUUCAAAUAGUAAGAUGAUCAUAUUGUUCAUUUGGACAGAACCUUUUUUAUGUUUAAUAAACUUGAUGUGAUUUACCUUUUUAGCCAGAAAUUUUGCAACUGUUUUUUGUUUGGGGUACAUUUUGUUGAAUUCAGAAGUAUAAAAUUUUGCUCAGUUCCAUAAAUCAGAAAAUAUGAAUACAAGGAUUUCAAUUGUUAUUCAAUUUUUUCCUUGAUAAUAAUAACUUCUUCCUUGGUGAUAUCUAACCUUAAUAAAUACUUCACUAAUUUUAAUGUUUGUGAUUGCAACUGUAGAGCAAAUAAUGAAUAAUAUUAAUUUGUUCAAUUUC